AGAAUGGUGUCUGCUAGUCUUCAGAUACUAGGCAUUGCCUUGGGCAUCAUUGGAUGGAUUGGGGUUAUUGUAGUGUGCGCUCUCCCUAUGUGGAAAGUUACAGCUUUUAUUGGUCAAAACAUAGUGACUGCUCAGACCACCUGGGAAGGUAUCUGGAUGAGCUGUGUGAUCCAGAGCACAGGGCAGAUGCAGUGUAAGGUCUACGAUUCAAUGCUGGCCUUGAGCUCUGACCUGCAAGCUGCCCGUGCUCUUUGUAUCAUUUCUAUUUUGAUUGGCAUCUUCGGGAUAAUUCUGGCGAUCGCAGGGGGCAAGUGCACCAACUGUGUGGAGGAAGAGAGCGCCAAAGCCAAGGUUGCCAUCGCCUCAGGUGUGGUCUUCAUCAUCGCCGGAGUGCUGUGUCUGAUUCCUGUCUGCUGGACCGCCAACACCAUCAUCAGGGACUUCUACAAUCCACUGGCUGCACAGAAGAGGGAGCUGGGAGCUUCUCUUUUUAUUGGAUGGGGUGCCUCUGCUUUGCUGAUCCUGGGGGGAGCCCUGCUUUGUGCUAACUGCCCACCCAAAGACGACUACCCAGCCAAAUACAGUGCAGCUCGGUCCACCCCAUCCAAGGGUUACGUGUGA